UAGCGGAAUAAAGAGAGAAUAGCAUACGGCGCGUACAGUGAUGAAGCGACAUGUCAUCUAGGCGCGAGGCUGAGGCCAGCUGCGGCUGAGUGUCGCUGACGCUGUGGCGGCUGUCGCUGAAAACCUGCUCAGAAACUCACCCGUUCUUCGUCCUCAUCUCUUGUUCUCAACGCCUAUACACACAUCUAUCAUUAAAGCUUUCAAAUGUUGAAAUCAUACAUGGCUAGUCAACGUCCUCUCUCGUUGCCCUUCCCUAGGCCAAGUGCACUCGCAAAGCAGCGCUUAUCCUCUGCAGCAAGCUCCGACGAGGGAACGUCAAAGAGACUGGCACCUUCUCCACCGCACGAUGACUCGAAUACGUCCAUCGACCACAUACCCGGCGAACCCGGCAUAGCCCUCACAGAGGCCUACGUAUACGACUUUCUGAGCUCACAGCUUGACACGACUCUUCUCGACGAGCUUUACGACCACCUUUGGCUUGUUGCCCGAAAGUCUGGCAAAAGUGUCGAGCCGCUGAACAAACAAAGAGUGAAGACAAGAGAGAUCGUUGCAGCGGAGGAUAUCCGCCUGCAUCUAGUAUGGCGCCGCAACAAAAUCUAUAUCAAGCCUAUGCCACUAUGUCUGCUCAACUUUGACUUCUGGACGACCUAUCUUCCAUUACCGGCUGAGGAGAUUAUUCCUCACGAGGGUAGCUCUGUGUCGCAAAAACGCUCUUCCCAGCCAACAUAUGACCGAAAGGUUGCACUAGGUUUCAUGCGAUCGUACGCCUUGCUUGUGCGUCAUCACGUAGACUUCGUCCUCGCGUGCGAAUCCCAUCUCUUUCCAACUGACUUUAAGUGGGACGAGUGGUCUAAGUUCAUCGCUUAUUUUCGACAUAUUGAGGACGAGGAGGUCGCGAAUCGAUAUCACUACGGCCAGCUUCGUCUUUCGAGAUUGGAUUGGGCGGUUCGCCUAUUCCGUCCUUCGUCUGCUACAACGUUAUGGUUCUAUGAGCUUCCAUUUUGGUCAACAGGCAUGUAUGUUGAGCGAGCGAUAGCGCCAUUUAUAUUUGGCUUUGCUAGCUUGUCCUUAGUUUUAUCAGCUAUGCAAGUCUUAGUCUCAGUUCCUGAAGAAGGGUUAGCCUUUCGCGGCAUAGGUGCUUCUUCACUUGCAGCAAUGAGACGGGCAUUCUGGAUAUUCUCAGUCAUAAUGUUGCUACUUUUAGGUUUAGUCUGGAUACUAUUGUUUGUCAUCCCCGCAGGUGUACUUGUCUGGCAGUUGUCGUGGGGCUUUAAGCAUCGAGGGAAAACUAACGUUAAUGUGAAUCGUGGUAAUCAAGCAUAGUUGUAAUAUAUAAUCGUCUACCGAUGG